CAAGGCACUCGCAACUAAGACGACACAAGUGGACUACAGAGUACAGACAUGGCAGCACAAUUGAGGCACUUGAACAGACUGCGGUUGCUACGAAGCGCCCAACUAGGCGUUACUAGGCGUCAGCAGCGUUACGCCUCUGGGUUUCUGAUUGAGCAGCCGGAGUACGGUUUUCUGAAGGAACUGGGACUGGAGCGCGACAAUCCCGGCGUCUUUACGGGCAGCUGGCAGGGUCGCGGUCCAACAGUGACCAGCUACGAUCCAGGUAGUGGACAGGCCAUUGCCAAUGUGCGUCAGGGUACUGUCCAGGAGCUACAGCAGGCCAUAGGAUUGGGCGUAGAGGCCUACAAGCAGUGGCGUCAGGUGCCGGCACCCCAGCGUGGCGAGAUUGUGCGUCAAAUCGGCGAGGAACUGCGCAAAUACAAGGAGCAGUUGGGCAAGCUUGUUUCCCUGGAGGUGGGAAAGAUCUAUAGCGAAGGCCAGGGAGAGGUCCAGGAGUUCAUCGACAUCUGCGAUUAUGCGGUGGGUCUGUCCCGCAUCUACGCCGGCCAGCUCAUAAACUCGGAGCGGGCCGACCACACAAUUCUGGAGGCCUGGCGUCCGCUCGGCUUGGUGGGUGUCAUCUCCGCCUAUAAUUUCCCCAACGCUGUCUUCGGCUGGAACGCGGCUAUCGCACUUACCACGGGUAACAGUGUGCUGUGGAAGGGAGCGCCCAGCACGCCGCUGGUCUCCGUGGCCACAACCAAAAUAGUGGCCGAGGUGUUGCGCCGCAAUAACCUGCCACCUGUGGUGACUUUGUGCCAGGGCGGCACGGAUGUGGGUCAGUCCCUGGUGUCGGAUCAACGCGUAAGCCUCGUCUCCUUUACGGGCAGCUGCCAGACCGGUCGCGAUGUCGGCGUCGAGGUGCAACGUCGCUUUGGAAAAGUUAUUCUCGAGCUGGGCGGCAACAAUGCGCUGAUAAUUGACAAGAGCGCCAAUGUGAAGAUGGCUCUGGAUGCGGCGCUCUUCGGCUGCAUCGGCACCACCGGCCAACGCUGCACUACCACCCGUCGCAUUAUCGUGCACGAGCAGCUGCACGAUAGCUUCGUCGAGGCCCUAACCGCCAAGUAUAGCCAGCUGAAGCCGCGUAUUGGCCACCAGCUGGAUGCACAGAGUCUGGUUGGACCCGUUCACACGGAACAGAAUGUCAGCAACUACAGGAAGGCUAUUGAAGAUGCCACUGCAGCGGGCGGCCGAGUCGCAUUCGGGGGACGAGUGCUAGAACGCGCUGGAUACUACGUGGAGCCAACCAUCAUUACAGGCCUGCCACACGACGCCAGCGUCGUUCAUCGCGAGACCUUUGCGCCCAUUGUGUAUGUGCUGAAGGCACGCAACGUCAAGGAGGCCAUUGCCUGGAACAAUGAGGUCGAACAGGGUCUGUCGUCGGCCAUCUUCACCGAAGACAUAGGAAACGCCUUUAAGUGGAUUGGCGCCCAGGGCUCCGACUGUGGCAUCGUCAACAUCAACACGACGACGAAUGGCGCCGAAAUCGGUGGCGCCUUUGGUGGUGAGAAGGCGACGGGCGGCGGUCGCGAAUCCGGCUCAGACGCCUGGAAACAGUACUGCAAGCGAGCCACCAUCACAGUAAACCAUUCCGGCGAGCUAGCCUGCGCCCAAGGCGUCGUCUUUAACGUGGAGUAAAUGAGGUCACGAGAAGCUGUAAUUAAAUGUAAAUAUCUAUUCUAUUCUUCCUUCCCUACAAUAAAAGUCUGUUGUUUGUUAUU